AUGACGCCACCAAAGGAAACCAAGUUUAAGGUAGCUGCAGCACAUGCGGCACCUGUUUUCAUGGACAAGGCGGCCACAACCAAGAAGACUGUCAAGCUCAUCGAGCAGGCUGCAGCAGAUCACGUCAAGCUCCUGGUCUUCCCCGAAACUUUCAUUCCUGGGUACCCGUAUUGGACAGAGGCCUACCCACCGAUGGAUCAGGUCGGUGCUAUCGCCAAAUACAUCGAACAGAGCGUGGUUGUUGAGCCAAAUGGGGAAGAUGUCAGUGCCAUCCAAGACGCCUGUCGCCGCCACAGCAUUGCCAUCAACCUCGGGAUUUCUGAGCGGAUGGCCAACACCCAUACACUAUUUAACUCGCAAGUGAUCAUUGAUAGCGAUGGCACAAUUCUUGGUGUUCAUCGAAAACUUCAGCCAACAUUUGUCGAGCGCAUGGUGUGGGCUCAAGGCAAUGGGUCCUCCUUGCGCACUUGGCCCCUUUCCCUCGGCUACAACAUAGGUGGUCUUGCUUGCUGGGAGCACACUAUGAAUGGUGCUCGUCAAGCACUUAUUAUGCAAAACGAGCAUAUCCACGCUGGCGCUUGGCCUGCUCUGUCUACUUUGAGGGACUUUGCAGCAGUAGCAAACACGCAGAUUGAAGCAUUGAUGAAGAUGCACGCUUUAACUGCCCAAGUGUUUGUUAUUACUGCGUCUGACUUCGUCGACCAACAAGCUCUUGACUGGAUGGAGAAGAACCUUGGAAAACAGGAUCACAUUAAGGCGGGAGGUGGGUGGUCUUCGGUCAUCCAUCCGUUUUGCAUGUUCAUUGCAGGCCCCCAUACUGGCGCAGAAGAGAAGCUUGUUACAGGCGACAUUGACUUUGCAGACCUUAGCGCUGUGAAAGUAUGGGUUGAUGCAGCGGGUCACUACCAACGUCCAGAAAUCCUCAAGUUUGGAUUUGACGCCCAACCUCAUUGGCUGGACGAGAAAUCAGAUCGUUUCAAGCCGCGUGGCGACUUGAAGCCCACUGAAGAGACAGAAGAGCAGCUAUGA